AUGCCGACGCGGCCGCUGAUCGACGCCCGAACUUUGUGCAUGGAGAUGACGUUCCUGACGCCGCCACCACCACCACCACCAAGAACGCCAGACAGAGAGAAAGAGAAAGAGGAGCAACACACGACUCACUCGUCGAACGAGACGACAGCGACGACGACGACGACGACGACGACGUUAACGUCGAAAAGGCAGCAGCUCUAUCCCACAGCAGCUUGGACGAUAUCGACUAGUCCAGCAGCUAAAUUACCAGAGGAAAAUGCCGAGAAACAGGAGCGGCAGAGUCAGCCGACGGCGGCAGCAUUGUUCGUCGGCGACGACGACGAUAUCUUGUGGAACGCAGACUCGGAGGACAAUUUUUCCUCGUCGUCGAGCCCGUCCAAGCACAGCAUAUCCCUGUCUCUGCUGCAGAACAGCCAGCCGCCCAUUGAACUUAUAGUCAAGCCACGGAGUAAGGUCGUGCUGCCCUGCGAGCUCGAGGGCAAUUACACGAGUCUUCUCAUGCUCGCCAUCACGAGUUACAGAAUCCGACCGGCCAGUUGGUUGCACGGCGGAGUGCCUGUGGACAUGAUAACGAUCGACACGAGGACGGAGAUGAGCGGCACAGGGCACAGAUACAUCGGCGACUCGUCCACGGCGGCGCUGCACAUAGACAACGUACGCCUCGAGGACGACGGCGUAUGGAAGUGCCAGAUCGAGGACGACCGGGGCAGACUGAUCAUCGGCAAGCCCGUGAAGCUCAUCGUUCUGGAGGCCCCACGAGGUACGUACCUGCUGAUAGACGGGCGUCGGCUCGACCCGGGCAACCAGUUCAUCCCGGUGAAGGAGGGCUCGGAUCUGCGUCUCGAGUGCGCCGUCGAGGGCGGCAAUCCGGCGCCGAUCCUCGCCUGGAACAUGCAGCUGUCGCAGGCGACCCUCGAGAAUCCCGAGCCGUUGCCGGACAAUCUGACGAUCGACGCCAACACUUCGCUCACCAGCACCUCGGCCAGUCUCAAGGUGUUGCGGGGCCAUCACAACGCCACCAUCGUCUGCGUCGCCCGCCACCUCACCCUCACCGUGCCCAUGACCGCCAGCAUUCUGCUCGACGUUCAAUAUACACCGGAGUUUGCGAUAACAAGGCUACCUGGUUUUGGGACUCCCAUAAUUGAGGGCAUGUCAGUCAGCCUGAAGUGCGACGUGGACAGUAAUCCGCCCAGCUUACCCAUAUGGCAACGAGACGAUGGAGCGCCUCCGGUGGAGCAGAGCGAGGACGGAUGGCUGAAUUUCACGAAAAUCAGCCGAACCGACAAAGGCUGGUACAAGUGUUACACGCGCCACAUGCUCGGCAUUUACACCAGCAUCGGCUACUAUCUCAACGUCCGAUUUGUUCCGGAAGCCGAGACGCAGUCGAAGCCGCUCAACGAAAUAAUAACGAGCGACCCGAGAAAAAUCGAGGUCCGAAUAGGAGGUGACGUAACGCUCGACUGCGACGGCGGCUGCUGGGGUCGAGGACCAUCCAUGACACCGGCGGGCGGUCCGGGCCGCCUGACGCUCAGCAAAGUCGUGUAUCAAGACGCCGGCGAGUAUCGAUGCGUCGCGCCCGAUCGUAAUUUACAGGGGGCUUGGAGGGCUCAGCUACCUUAUGAAAUUAAAGUUACCGGACGGCCGAUGGUCCAUCCGGUGUCGCAGACGAUGACGACGAGCGAGGACCUGUCGCUGGACGUCCGAGUGGAGUUCUGCAGCGAGCCGCCCUACACAAAGGUCCUCUGGCUGUCGGAGGAGCGCGUCUACCUGCCUGGAGGCGAAAUUCGCGACGACGUACGCGCACUGCCCAUCGAGAACGCGCUGGACGGCAGCAAGUCGUGCUACCAGAGCGUCCUGCACUUCGAGCGAGUUCGGCAGCGAUCACACGCGGGCGAGUGGUUGCUACUGGUGCGCUCGCCGGAGGGCUUCGCCGAGGCCAGCCUCACGCUCAACGUCACCGUCGCGGCCGGCUACGGCUACGGCUACGGCUACUCUCUCGGCUCCGUAGGCCCGAGUUUGUCCGGCCUGCUGAUCUGCUCCACCCUCGUAGGCUUAAUCUUCCUCAGCUGUUAAUGAUUCCUAUAUAAUUACGAGAAGAAGAAAAAAGAAGAAAUAUGCCUAGCUUAUUAUAUGCGUGUUAUACGGUAAUACGGGGUAUGUGUUAGAAUCAAACGUGUCAAAGCGACGAGAAUUUCGAGAGAGAGUCGCAUCGUCCAAUAAUGUAAUCAAACUGCGUUGAGUAUGGAGACGAAAAAGUUAUAUUAUUAUCGAAUAUAUAUUUAGUUUUUAUGGAUAAUUAUUAUAUAAUAGCGAUUAAGAAAACGAAAGGGAUGUCUUGCCAGGUGCUUAGGUUCCUUACACACUCCCGAGCCAAAAAAUAAGGGAGGGGAUUUAUCUAAGUCUACGCGAUGCGGUACUUGUAACUUUAAUCUAUUACGCUAUUCAUGUCUUUAUUCUCUGCUUAUACGUCUUCUAAAAUAAACAAUGGAGCGAACGAACUACAAAAGUUUUCACAUGUAUACGUAUUUUCAGUCCAAAAGUACUACGUGGCGCUCUAUAUUGCAUACUGCUGCCCCUGCUCCCUUCAUUACCCACCUUCUUCUUCUACUCCUCCUCGCGGCUGCAAAACGUUCGUGUUUCCGAAAUUACGGCAUUAAAAUGUACUACUACUACUACGCACACCUCCGCGUCUGCAAGUGUAGCUGACGUAUGAAUUUGAAUUUCGCGGCGCCGAUUCAAGAGAAACAAUUACAAUGUAUUAUAUGAAAUCAAGCCACGCUAUCGUGCGCGCCCGACUCGCGAGCUCGCAUUAAAUUCUAUAGUUGUGCAUCUCCCGCGUAGCCCCGUAUAAGCGUAGUAUGUACCCGGGAAUGUCUGUGCGCACCCGACUAUGUGCGUACGUGUGUGCGUGUGUGUGCAUGUGUAUGCGUGGCGCUCUACGUGACUCAUGAGUUAAUUGCAAGUAAGUAAUUUUACGACGACGACGAGUUUCGAGAGGGGAUAUUAAUAUUCCGAAUUGCGAUGAAAAACGCCCUGGAAAUUGGUGCACGCGCCUGCGAUUAAAAAUUCCUACGCAUAUAAUAUAACGUGAAUGAUAAAGAGAGAGAGAGAGAGAGAGAGAGAGAAAAUGACAAAAAUUUAUCGCUAUAUGUAUUUAUGAGUAUCUUUGAGUUUGUGAUAUAUAGUGUAAUUGUAAAAAUGUAACAUAUUAUAAAUAUGUAAAUUUACGACGAAAAACAUUUUUUUAUUUUGAAG